AUGAAUAAUCUUGACCAAAAGAUGGAAGAUAUUUCGAAAUCAAAUCAAUAUUUGCCAAAACCAGGAAAAUCAACAAUAUUGGAAAUUGAUGUAAUAACCCGUUGGAAUUCAUUUCAAGAUUUGCUUGGAAAUUUAAUAUUAAUGGAACCAAAAAUUAAUUAUAUCUUUCUUCAACAUAAACUUGGAUUUCAAAAUUUUACAUAUGAUGAAUGGGAAGAUAUAAAAAUCAUUUUCAAAUUAUUAACACCUCUUUAUGUUCUUACCCUAAAAUUUUCGGAACAUCAUUGCUUAAUCAGUGAAACCUUUCCAUCAAUGCUAAACUUAAUUUUAACUUAUGAAUCCCAUCUUCAUUCAUUUAUUUAUAUAAAAUUUAAAGGAAAUAUAUGUAGAAUAUUAUCAAAGCUAUAUAAAUAUUUUAUUUUAAUGGACAAAAAUGAUUUAUAUUACAUAUCAGUAAUUUUAAAUCCAAACCAUAAAAUCAAUUUUUUUGAACUUCAAUAUUUAAAUAAUAAAAAAUCUUUUUAUAUUCAGAUAUUGGAAAUGCUUUAUGAAAAGGAAUUCAAAAAACUUUAUAAUAAAGAACCAACUAUAGAUAACCAUAUAUCCGUUCAAGAUGAUGAACCUUUAAUUCAAAUGCUUAUUGAAGAAAAAAAAGAAACAAAUACAUAUAUUUCAAAGUAUAAAGAAAUCCAAAAAUACUUAAAAGAAAGUUUAGAUCAUAGAAAUGAUAUAAUAAAAUAUUGGAAAGAAAAUAGUAUUAAAUAUCCAACAUUAUAUUCAAUUGUAAGAAAUGUACUUUCAGUUGCUUCUUCGUCCGUUGAAAUUGAAAGAACAUUUUCGGGUGCUAAAUUGUUGGUUACAGACAACAGAUCAAAUUUGGGUUGGGAAAGAAUAGAACAAUGUGUGUUAUUAAGGGAAUGGGCAAACAUUUCAAGAGUAGAUAUUGUCGAAAACUCUGUCAUUUAUAAUUAUUCAAAUAUUUCAAAAAUGGUAUGA